AUGUCAGUGACAGAAUCUGAGGAGUUUGAAGAGGAGCAGGGCCCUUAUUUAGGGGAAUAUGAAGGUGAUCGGAAUGAGGAAAAUGAGAGACAUGGUCAAGGGAAAGCUAUUCUGCCAAAUGGUGACACAUAUGAAGGUGCCUAUGAAUAUGGCAAGCGCCAUGGAAUGGGAACAUACAGGUUUAAGAAUGGAGCACGUUAUGUAGGUGAAUAUCUGCAGAACAAGAAACAUGGUCAAGGAACCUUCUAUUAUCCAGAUGGCUCCAAGUAUGAAGGAAGUUGGGCCCAUGAUCAGCGACACGGAGAAGGAACUUAUUAUUAUCCAAAUGGUGAUACAUAUACUGGAGAAUGGCUUGCUCAUCAAAGGCAUGGUCAGGGAACCUACAUGUAUGCACAGGCUGGCUCCAAAUAUGUGGGAACCUGGGUUCAUGGAAAGCAGAUCGAAGCUGGAGAGCUCAUUCACCUGAACCACCGAUACCAGGGCAACUUUCUCAAUAACAAUCCUACAGGUCGAGGGAAAUACAUCUUUGACUUUGGCUGUGAGCAGCAUGGAGAAUACCUUCAGAUAGAGCAGGACAAAACCGAUGAAGAGAUCGCAGAGGAAGAAUCCAUAACCAUAACCGUCCUGAAGUGGAAGGCAGAGAAGCUGUCAGGAUUGACGUUGUACUCUCCAACAUUUAAGGCCGAUGUAAAGUCCGAUGCUUCAGAGCCUGAGGAGCAGGCUGCCGAUAAUGCAGAGGGCACUGACGUUGCUGGGACAGACAUUCCUGAGACAGAUGCUCCUGAUACUGAUGCCCCAGAAGUUGCUUCCCCAGAAGUUGCUUCCCCAGAAGCUGAUGCCCCAGAAGCUGAUGCUCCAGAGGCUGAUGCGGCAGAGGCUGAUGCUCCAGAGGCUGAUGCUCCAGAGGCUGAUGCGGCAGAGGCUGAUGUGGUCGAGGCUGGUGCUGCUGAAACAAAUGGUCCUGUGACAGAAGCUCCUGGUUCAGAUGACCCUGUUCUCGAUUCCCUUAGUUUAGCAGAAGGAAGUUUUGAGGUGCUCAAUGCCUUCCCAGCUCCUCCUCCACUGUGGACGGUCUAG